CCUGCAUGAUCGGAAGUAUAUUCUGAGACAAGGAGAAAUCAGAACACGGAUUUGAUAAUAAUCACCUUAUCCAAACACUCAAUCAUUUUGUAACAAUGGAUUUUUACGAACCACAACCUGAACCUGUUGCUGAACAGGCUGGUUCUGGAUCUGCUACCCAAUCCAAAGAUGGGACCGUAACAGAUGCCAAUAACCAGAAAACUGAAGAGACCGUCCAACAAUUGGAAGCCCAAGUGGACAAGGCAUACACAGCAGUAGAAACCCAAGUUGCAGGAUUAUGGAAGAAUGCAUCUAGUCAAGCAUCCGAAUUGCAAGAGAAGUACAAGCUUGAAGAACACCGUAAGCAACUUGUAGAAAGAUUAAACAGUACGGCCACCACCAUCAACCAAAAGGCACAUUUAAAGGAGAACCUUCAACAAAUUGAAGAUCAAUUAAAAUCUCUUUCACUUAAAAUUCCAAAAGAUAUCGAUUUGAAGAGUUUACAGGAACAAGCCAACAAUGCAUUGGACACAUUAGACUCAAAGUUGGAAAUUGUGGAGAGAGAAGCUGGGAAAUAUGUAAGUCUGUUUGCAUCAUUUUUCUCUGGGAUUGUUAGUGUUGGAGUUGAUAAUGUCAAGGAACCCGUUGUAGGGAAAAGUGACUCUAAUGAAGAACCAGAAACCCUUUUCAGCACCAGAAACGUUCAAAGUUACGGUACAUCUAGAUAUGAUGCAGAUCUUUUGAAAUUACACACGACUGCCACAUACUUUACUGAAGGAACUACUACUGAUGGAUUCAAGGUGGAAUCUAAAACAGAAGAGAUCUCUAACCUUUUAUCAAAGUACCCAGAUACCCUUGAGAAAUUAAUGAACAAAUUAGUUCCGGUUGAAGUUUCAUAUGAAACUUUUUGGAACAGAUACUUCACAGCAGAUGGUGCAUUAAAGGAAAGUGAAUCUAAAAGAAAAGAAUUACUUGAAAAGAAGAAGUCUACUGAAGGUUCUGAUGAUGAAGAUGAUGAAGAGGAGUUUACCUGGGAUGAUGAUGAAGAUGAAGAUGAAGAUGAAGUGGUUGCAAAGGAUUAGCUAUAUAUUUUAAUAACACAUUUGUUCACAAUAAGAGA